GGCAAAAACCCAAAUUCCGUUUCUGUGUUGCCGUGCUGGCGAAGAUUUAAAUUAAGCAACAAAUCACCGAGUUGUUUAGAGUCCUAAAUAGACUCGCUGGAAUUGCGAAAGAAUUGGUGAGAUUUUGGAAUUCCAAAAUUAGGGUUCUCUCUGCGUUAGGAUAUAAAAACACCGACUCCCAUCUCCAUUAACUCAUUCACGAUCUGUUAAUCCUGAUAAAAUAUUUUUGGUUCCAUCUCUGAGAGAGAUCUUUGAUCGAACAAGAUGGUGAGUUACAGAGUCGCAAGAGCUUCAGAAUACCUAGUAAUCACUGGUUGUGGUAUAGACGACAUCAAACUAGCAAAGAAAGCAUGGAUUCUUCCUGGUCAAUCCUUCAAUCGUUUCGAUGUUUCACCAGUCAACUACACAUUCGAAGUUCAAGCUAUGAGUUCAGAAAAACUCUCUUUCGUGCUUCCUGCUGUUUUCACAAUUGGUCCUCGUGUUGAUAAUCAUGAAGCCUUGUUGAAGUAUGCAAAACUCCUCUCUAGUCAUGAUCGUCAAUCUAAUCAUGUCAAAGAACUUGUUAAAGGUGUUAUUGAAGGAGAAACUAGAGUUCUGGCUGCUUCCAUGACUAUGGAAGAUGUAUUCAAGGGUACUAAAGAUUUCAAGAAAGAGGUGUUUGAUAAGGUUCAGUUAGAGCUUGAUCAAUUUGGGCUGUUGAUUUACAACGCAAAUAUCAAACAGCUUGUUGAUGUUCCAGGACAUGAAUAUUUUUCUUAUUUGGGUCAGAAGACUCAGAUGGAAGCUGCAAAUCAAGCCAAAGUUGAUGUUGCAGAAGCCAAGAUGAAAGGUGCAGUUGGUGCCAAACUGAGAGAGGGACAGACCGUACAAAACGCGGCAAAGAUCGACGCUGAAACCAAGAUUAUUGCAACUCAGAGACAAGGACAAGGAAAGAAAGAAGAACUUAAGGUUCAGGCCGAGGUUAAGAUUUUUGAAAACCAAAGGGAUGCUGAGGUUGCUGAAGCUAAUGCGGAGUUGGCUACUAAGAAGGCUAAAUGGGCACAAUUGGCACAGUUAGCUGAGGUUGAAUCUGUUAAGGCUGUUGCCAUUAAAGAGGCUGAGUUGCAGAGAGAAGUUGAGUUGAAGAAUGCUUUGACUCGGACUGAAAAAUUGAAGGCCGAGUAUCUUAGUAAAGCUAGUGUGGAAUAUGAUGUCAAGGUGCAAGAGGCAAAUUGGGAGUUGUACAAGAAGCAAAAACAAGCAGAAGCAGCUUUAUAUGAGAAACAGAAAUCAGCUGAAGCUCAAAAGCUUGCUGCUGAGGCACAGUUUUUUGCCCGACAACAAGCCGCUGAUGGAGAAUUAUACGCGAAAAAGAAAGAAGCUGAAGGAAUGGUAGCUGCAGCUGAAGCACAAGGAGUUUAUGUUCGAACACUUUUAAAAGCAUUUAAUGGGAACUAUGCUGCACUAAGAGAUUACUUGAUGAUUAAUGGUGGAAUGUUUCAACAGAUUGCCCAGAUUAAUGCUGGUGCAGUUAAGGGUUUGCAGCCAAAGAUUAGUAUUUGGACUAAUGGUGAUGGUUCUUCUGUGGGAGCUAAUGGGGUAGAUGGUUCAGCUUCAGGAGCUCUGAAAGAGAUCGCAGGAUUAUAUAAGACUUUGCCAAAUUUGCUUCAGACUGUGGAGGAUCAAACUGGAAUGACUCCUCCCACAUGGUUAGCUGCAAGUUCUGGUACUCCAAAGUAACUAUGCUAGCUAGCUAGCUCACAAGAUGCUUUCAUGAAGGUACAAACAUAUAUUUUAGGCUUUGAUUUCAUUAGCCUUAUUGGUUUCUAGGAUUUCAGAUUAUGAUCAUAGUUUUAGGUUGCUUAAGACUUCAGUGGUCCACUGCUCUUUUUAAUGAAUAUUUAGGUAAAUUGAACUACAUUCAAUUUACUUUGCAAACUGCCUCAGAGAAAUAGUUUUGACAUCUAUCUGCUUAUAAAAUUUUUCUUUUUAUUAAA